AUGAAGCUCUCGCUAUUCAGGAAGACGAAACCCGGUGUUCCAAAACACAGUCUGUACCCUACAGAAGGUGCAAUUGGGAUGAAGGUGCUAUCUGAUCCUUCGAAUGCUGACCUGGACAUUGUUUUCGUCCAUGGACUCACCGGCAACCGCGAGAAAACAUGGACUCACGAAAACGGAACCUUGUGGCCCCGAGACCUUCUUUCCAAGGACUUAUCCACGGCACGCAUCAUGACAUUCGGCUACGACGUCGACAUAUUCAGCUUUACCUCAAUUACCUUCUCAGAUAGACUCUACGACCACAGCCAAUCCCUAGCCUUCGCAAUCGUCAGCCAACGAAUCGACUGCUCAAGCAGACCCAUCCUAUUCAUCGCACACAGUCUAGGCGGCUUGGUCUGCCAACAAGCCUUGAUCCUCAGCAACUCCAUAGAUGGACUAUGGGCGAUAUCCUCAAGCGCCAUCGGGAUAAUUUUCAUGGGUACACCGCAAUAUGGAUCUUCGCUCGCUUCUUACCGAGAAAAACUCGCAAAGGGGAUGAAUAUAGUCCACACCGCCAACAGGGAUAUGGUUGGGGCUCUCCAUUCAGGAUCAAACAGUGUGCAAUUAGCUGGGAAUGAGUUCCAGUCCAUGCUUCGUCGUGGAGACCUCUCACUCAAGGUCUUCUGUUUCUACGAAGCGAGGAAUAUGAAUGAUAUAGUGGGAAAGAUUGUUGAAGAACACUCGGCUGUUCUGCAGGGCUAUGAUAAAUGCGGUAUCAGUGCUGAUCAUUACAACAUGACGAAGUUUACUGGUCAUGCAGAUGGUGGUUAUGGAAUUGUUCGGUCGAUCAUUACUGGGUGGCUUCAUGAGUCUCGUGGUGGUAAUGAUGAUGAUGAUGCUACAAACAAGACUGCUAUGUCUGGUUCUGCUUCUGGGAAUCCUACUUGGUUGGGAUCUUGGACCCCAGGGAACUUUUACUUUAAUGGAGCCACAAAUUCGUAG